GUUUCGGGCAGGAACGUAUUUAUGGUCUGAUCCGUUUCAAUCGAAGUGUCCGGUAUGGUUCGAAAUGGAAACGAAACCACAAAAUCGGUCACAAUCAAUUUUAGCAUGGCCUGUGCGGGGGUUUUUAGUUGGGGAUGGUUUCUUUCAUGCUGUUUUUCCACCUUUCGUGACCAGGAAGGAAUACUCUAAAUGUACCAAUUGCAUGGCUCGUCUAAUAUUAGAUUGUACUGUUUUCGGGGAGUGUUGUGUACACCAUACCGACGAUUGUGAUCCACAAAAAAAGACAGUCUAACUGGUGAGCGAAUUGCAAUGAAAUCGUAUCGCUGGGUUUUUAAAUUCGACCACCCAGCAUUGAUUGGCGGUUUGUACGUGACUAUGAGCACGGCACAUUAAAACGAACCUCCAGCGAAUGUCCAACGUGAUCAACAAACUGACAAUAAAUUGGAUCGCCUUUCCGUUCCUCGUGCAUCAAUGCACCUUGCUGUGCAUCAUUAGAGUGUUGUGUUUAAUUUAUACCAGGGUGAGGGUGGUCACAAAACGAUUUUAAUUGGCCACUUGCGUGGACAGUGCGGUGUCCAAAGCGUCUGCACUAACGAAGGACACAUUUAAAAAGCAAAUGCAAUUGUACAACCCGAUACUUUGAAACUUCCUAUAGAUAGAAACGGACUGGUGAGUGAUUUUAUUUGCAUACUCUACUGCUGAGCAAAAGUAAAAGAAUCCAUCCAAAUGCGUGCCUUUAGUAUCUCUGCUGAAAAAGGUCGAUUCAAACUAGGAGUGCUUGAAGCGUCGCUUGAACGAAUGGUUUAGAAACAGCAUUCAUUAAUCGCAUCAUUACGCCCGGGUGCCGAGAGACUUCUCGAACUGUGAAAUGGAUUGUUGUGCUACAACAGUACGAGUCCUGGCAUCUAUUUAAGGGUACUGGCUGCAAUCGAGCUACUCCCUAACAAGAGUGGGAUGAACUUUAAUUACUUUGAUGGACCUAUUAGCACAAAAGGGGUGCGUCAGAGUGAAGCUCCUUUUGAUGAUAGUAAAAUGAGACGAACGUUUGCUUGGUUUGAAACAGCUGGAACGGAAAGAAAGGCUUUGGGUUUUAUCUAGCUGCUUGUUAGCUUUUUGGAGAAAUUGUGUCAGCUUUAUGCUGUAGGUGAUUUUCUAUUUAUCAAUUACGGUAUGAGAUCGAAAUUUGACUUAGGUUUGAUGAACAAACUGUCGCUUUGCCGUUAGAGUACGCUAAAACUAAGAAUAAAUUAGUUUUUUAUUAGGAAUUUUUUCAACGCAAAAACAAAAGAUUUGUAUUACGCGGUAGACACGAAGAUCAGAAUUAAACAUUUCAAAUCGUAGCCGAUCGUUCGUUUUCGGAGACACCCUGUUUUAUUGUACGACUGGUUUGAGUUGGUUUAUACAGUCUACUCGAGAUUCACGUCCCAUUUGUACGAUAUAUCGGGAAUGGUUUUGUAUGAGAUGUGUCGUUUACAUCCUCGUGUUCAGUGCUGCUAAUAAAGAAGGCGGUUAUUAAGGGGCCGGUGAACGUGUGCAGUUUUUUUAUUAUACGAUUUUUAUUUCCAUACGAAAUAUAACUCGUAGGCAUUGUAAAUUUAAUAAACAAACAUAGGAAACGUUUGAAGUGUCUGAAAAAAUAUAUUAUUUUUUAAUCAAAUUGUUACUCGGUGUAAUAAAACGUGCAGCCGUGUACGCGCACCUUAAGAUCAACUGGUUUCUUGGCUUUGAUGGGUGAUCGCUUGUGUCGUGCCUGAAGAGGUAGCUGCAGACGCGCGUUGAAACAAGCAAGAACACAUCACAGAAAAGUUCAAUCAAGUCGUCUGUGAUCUUGUGAUUUUGUGCGUACCACGAUCGCUGGUGUAUUUGUGCGCAUAUGUUUUGUACGUGCGCACCGUUGUGCUUCAUUGUAUUUCGUUGUUGUUACUAUUGUGCUGUAUUGGAAGUUGUUUUGCGCGCUUCUUUCGGAUGGUGUUUAUUGGUGUGCAAAAGCUUCAACCCCAAAGGCAAAGCUCUCUCAAUCAUCAUCUACCCCCACAAAACAACACAGCAUCUUCACCGUUCCAAGUCAACGCAGUCAACAACAGAGUGCGGGGUGAUGAUAAGCAUAAACAACCGACCAUCGUGGAACGUUUCGGGUUUUUUCUUUUUGCAAGCAGCUUUUGGGCAGUGUGUGAUUUCGUUCCGUUUUUUUCGCUUUACCCUAAAGCAUCAAAGUGAAAGUUGCACAAAAUAGUGUCUCGUGUGGGGCUCUGUUGUACGGUGUCCGUGGGGGUUUUGCCGCUGUGUGUGCUCUUUGUGUGUACAUAUGCGCGCCCUGUCCAGUGUGCUUUACACGCGUGUGUGUCUGUGUGUUUGUGUUGAUGGUGAUCUUCAUGCUCGAUCGUUCCAUCGCAAGGAUCGACCAGAUUCUGUGUUUUUUGCGGUGUUUAAAAUUUGGUCCACUUUUGUGGUUGCUUUUUAAAGCAUUGUGCGUAUUGUCCUUACGGUGGAAAAAACAAAGUUCAAGCAUCGAAAGCUACUACGGGUCCCAAACAAGGUGCUGAUCUGCAAUUUUUUUUUAUUGCUGUGUGAUGAAAGUGUAAAAAGUGCAGCGAUUUGUAGCGUCACGUUUGGCUGGCUUUUUGUGGUUUUGUGGUGUUUCAUCGUAAGGUGUUUCGCGCCCUGCACACAUUCAUUGUGCUUCCCUGUGCAUAACUAACCGGCCGAAGGGUAUAUACCCCAUGCGGGUUUGGGCACCCCUCGAAACCUUAACGUAUAUGAGUGCGUGGGGUAGUGUGUAGUGAAUGCAAAAGCUACAAAACCCCUCUUUUGCCUGAAGUUCAUCCCUCCCAAAAACGGGUGGUGUGUUUGCAGUAAAGCGGUCAGUGGAUUGAACGUCGGUUGCGAUCGAUUUUCCCAUGUGAAGAGAACCAUUCGCGCAGAAAUUAUGGUUCGCUGAACGGAAUCGAGGGAAACAAAAAAAAAAGUUUGUGAGAAUAAAGAACAACCCCAAAACCAUAGCCGCAGAACAACAUCAACAUCCCGAUCCAACGGCAGCCGGCUGAAGCGGAUUUGUAAUUAACUGGCAAAAAAACCAAAGGAACGAGUCUAGUGUGGCUGUUGAUAUAAGAACCGCUGCUGAAUCCAGUGUGUUGAUAAAAAGCCAUUCCGAUCCAGCAAUUGAAUCGCAGAGAGAACUUGCAACCAACAAAAAGAAAGAAAGAUGGAUAACAUACGUAGUGCAAACAGUGAAACAAGCGUUCGGCACGUUUUGGAUUGUGAAGCUUUUGACAGCAGUGAAACCAAAAAUACAUCGUUCUACCGGAACACGAGCAACACACGUAAUGGACUAACAGCCGAUGGAUGUUACUUCAAUGCCGUGUUUAACGAUAGCAGUGAAACGUUUGUGGAUGAGCAGGAUACCGUUGCAGCACGCAGCGUAACAACAGGUCGCGAUUCUGUUGCCGUCAACAAUCCAUCAACAGCGGUACGGUUGACAGUGCCAUCAUCACCGUCGGUCGCGACGGAUGGAUCACAACCCUUCCGUCGAAGCCACUCGAUGCGAUCGUCCUUUAACUCGUUGCGUAGUUUGCGUACGAAGCUAAAGCACAACACAUCCUCUAACGGGAGUGGCGUGGUUGGUGGAUCCAGUGGCCGUACGGCCUACUGUCAUCUACCAACCGUCGGUGACCUGGCCAGAUCUCCAUCAGCAUGCAUUACAAAGCGAUCCGGCGGCAGUCGUAACAGCUCGAGCUUACACUUUACACGAUCUACCGGCGAUGAUAUGCGGCGCAGCUUACGACACAAGCUGCACAAGCUUAAAAUUACCUACAACGAGUUGCGCCGUCUACAGACCAAAGUGUUGCAGGAUAAACGGACCCUGGACGAAGUGUGCGAUGGUACGGAACUGCCGGAAAACAUCCCUCCCAAAGCUGCCGCUCUGCUUAUGGAAGGAUUUUCUCGAACGAACAGUGUUCAAAGUUCAUUGAAAGUUCACCGACGGCCACCAGAAGCUGUUGGUACUUCCCUUCCCGUGAAGCGUUCCAGCUCGGUACGCGUUAAAGAAACGAAGACAACCUUCCCUUUGGUAAAUACUGACCAGCGGGAAGAAACGUCGACUAUGACGGAACAGUGUGCGAACUUAAAAGUGGUUCGAAAGCAACAAAACCCAGAACAUUCGUCCCACUUGACAGUAAUCGGUGGGAAAGCUUCCGAAUCGUCGGUGCCAAAGAAGGAAAGCGUGACGUCCGGGGUGGAAAUGCCAAACCGACCGGUUGACCAGCAAUCGGCUACAUCUCCUGGACAUUCGCAUCAUCAGCAGCAACCGACACUUACCGUCACGAGGACAGCCACCAUAAGGAAAGGAUCAGUGUGGGCGAACAAUACAACCAAAAUCAGUCUUCCGGAGCUGGUCACCCGGUCACUGUCAAACCUUGAGCUGCCAAGUUGUCGUGUGCCGUGUCCCAGCAUUAUACCAAGACCGGCAGACCAGCCAUCAACAUCAUCCGGACACAAAUCGGCCGCCAGUUCCAGCUGUUCGCUGUCCACGAUCGAAACGCAAACGGGUAACACAUCGGUUCAAUCUCUACCCAUCACAAUCGCAACCACUACCAGCACGGUUUCGUUGACGUACGAAGAUGAACUAUCCCGGAGUCCGGGCCGUAGGAAACCCAAAAACUCUCCGCUCGGUUCGCUGCUGGCUGCAGUCACCUCGCCCGUACUGAAUCGGAUCUCGAGCGCCAGCUCGCCCAAUCUUUCCAGCUGCUCCUCGUCCGCAUCCGGCAACCGUAUGGAGUAUCUGCUUCCUCACCAGCAGCAUCCACCCGGUGCUGGUGCUGGUUCAGCCGCUUCACAGCAAUCGGUAAUCCUACCAAAGCACCGGCAACACUCGCCGAAAAUUAUAAAGAAAACCCGUCACCUUUCGACCAGUUCCGUUGAGGAGACGGAUACGGGUGAUCACCCGAAGAGUGGCAAGAGCCGUCACUCGGCUAACGUCAAUGCGGAAGCGGAACGUAACGCACGCAAUGCGCAACACUUGCUGCUACGGUCGAAUCGGCUUACCGUAAGCGAUAAUCAUAAUUUAAGUAACAGUGGUGGAAACAAUGGCACCACAAUCACCACGUACAGCACGACCAACUCGGUCGAUGUUUUGGCAGUGCACAAUGCUAAAAGUGUGUCCCCAUUGCCAUCGUACCAGCAACAGCAACAGCACCAGCAUCAGCAGCAGCAAUCAGUGGCAGCACCACCGUCUUACUGGAAGCAAAAGAAACUUCCGACCAAGAAGCAGCACAAGCAGCUCCAGGCACAGCUAGACAAGCUGACCCAAAUUAACAUUCAUCUACACGCACUGUUCUCAGCCGUCGAACAUGGUCACCUGGAAAAAGCACGCACCAUCCUGGAAAGCACGGACGUGGACGUUAACAGCCUGAACAGCGACGGUCUGACACCGCUGGACGUGGCCGUGCUCAGCAAUAAUCGUUCGAUGACUAAAAUGUUGCUACAGCAGGGCGCCGUCGAGAAUGCACAUUCUGUGCACGCGGCCAACAGCAACAUGGGACUGCAUCUGAACAAUCUGCUUUGCGAUGCCGAAGCGACCAUACACGAGCUGGGGAACUUCGACGGCAAUCAGCCGGGCAUGACCAGCAACGAACGGACCGGAUCCGGCGCCAAUGCCGGCAAAACUUCCUUCUCAAACAUCAUCGGCAGUAGCGGUCCAUCGGUCACAAGCUGUACGGGUAGCGAAAUCGACAAGCAGGUGGGACUGUGGGAACGACGGGUAAAGGGACUCCGGCGGAUGAUACUUGGCUGGGAGCAAACGAAACCGCCCGAUGUACCGAAUCGUAUCGACAUCGACGUGACCGGCUGCAGUGCUGUUAGUUUGCGGUUGUACGAACCGCUGGAAGGUGCCAUAACUACCAAAUUUAAAGUGCAAUGGUCAUCCCGUUCGGAUUUUAGCAACGUUGUGGGUGAACGUGAAAUCAGCGAAUGGUGCAGCUUCCAUGGAUGCAUGGGUGCGGUCUGCAAUCUGAACGAGUUGAUCCAGGGCCGGCGAUACUUUUUCCGUGCGUGUGCCGGCAACGUGAAGGGCUGGGGACCGUACAAACUAUCCGUCCCGAACUGUGUCGUACCAUCGAGCUGGCGUGAUGUCGAGGGUCGAGACAAUCGAUUUGCUGGCAAGCAGCGCAAUCUGGACGAGCUGUUUAAUGCGGUACGGCUGGCACGGCCGGACGAUGCAUCUGAGAUCGCGCUGGACGGUGGACAGCAGCAGAAGCGUGCGACGAAAAAGAAAACCACCAUCAAGCAACUGUUUUCGGCUGCGUCUAAAUUUCAGAAAAAUCUCAAACGUGGCAUCUACUUAGCCUGCGUCCUGUACCAUGAGGAUAAGCUAUUGCUCACCAACGAAGACUUCGUUCCGGUAAUUGAGAUUGAUGAAACCUUCACCAGCAAUCUGCACACGGAUUUCUACUGGCUGAUGAAGGUUGCCUGUACAUGGGACGACGUGAAGUUGCUUCGAAUGGACAUGGAACGGAAUGCAUCGUCGGCAAUACACUUCCGCACGAAGUUGCUAUCAGCCGCAUGCCAGAUGCAGUCAGCCCUGUCGAUAACCGAUCUGGGACAAUUGUUCUACCGCCCUUUACGAGAUGUCCAUGGUACGGUGGUACUAUCCUGCGUCAACUGUAUUAAGAGUCCUAAAGCGGUAUCGGUACUCAACUCCCGAUGGAUACCGUUGAACAAAAUUCACAAAAAGCUCGCCCUCUCGACGGAGGACAGCAGCAUCAACGAAAUUCUAAUGAACUCCAUCCAGGAACAGAUCAACUAUCAUCAGGUCUCGAACAUCCGGCUUUCGAGGGGUUUGUACGUCGGCUAUCUUAAGAUGCAAAGCUCGGUCGAUGUCAUCCAGGUAGUGGUACCGGUAAAGGCACCGAAUGUUCUUCCGCACUGUAAAAUUCGUGACAAUCCUCAUAUAUCGGCUGAGGAAUGGGAAUUGAUCAAACAGCACAAACCUUCUAGUAUUUUGGAAUUCCGACCGAAACAUCAAGGUCCUACCGAGGUUCAGCUACACUUUCUCGAAAUGCUCACGAAAGCCGUCCACAAUCUGUUCCAGUACAUGGAUAUACCGGUGGAUGUGGCCGUCGCCCAUCGGCUGUACGACGUGGAAGUGAUCGAACUGAAUGCGGACGUUAGCUUCCUGAUCAUUUGCCCACCGGCCGAGAGUAGCUGUGCCGUUCCAGGGCAGAAGGAAAGUUUACUGCAACGGGGCGAUCUGUUCUCCAUGCCAAUUCAAGCGUUCGAGAUGAUACAUCUAAAGACGUAUCAAAGUAACAUUAUACAGAAGUAUUCCCGGUUGUCCUGCAUCCUGGAGCUUGACACGAUGCUGGCGAACCAUCUACAUCGAGAGGCAUUCAGCAGUUCAGAGCUACAGAAGGCCAAAGAUCGUUUGGCAAAGCUGCAAGAACUAUCGGGUGGGUUGAACACUAUCUGGAAGGGUGUCCGGUGGCUGAUGGAUGUGAUCGGUUAUGCGCGCGAUCGUGCCAAUAUGCCCGAGCUAAACAUGAAACAAAUACUGGACUACAAAACUACCUACUUCGGUAAGUUACCUAAAAAUGGUAACGGUGAUAAGAAAAAAGGUGGCAGUGAAAGUCAACUCCUUCAUCCACCCGGUACAGCACCGGGUACAAACAGCUUUCACAAGAGCAGCCCGGGCAGAGGAUCAUGGCCCGGUCCGGCUGUAGAGAAUACGCUCGGCCACAAUGGGCUGCUGGAUGCGGAACACUCCAAAUCCGAACAACUGCUAAAGUACAACAGUGCACGGUUUCUGAACGUUAGUCAAGCUGGUUCGCGCAAGAACAGUGCCGACUCGAACUCGGUCGCUACGCAUAGUAGCUACUACUCGGUGACGGGUGUAGAGCCGGAAAAGGAGUUCGUAGUGAUGCCACGAUUGCCUCCAUCGCGAUCGGAAGAUACGCUAAACAGUUCGCAUCAUCAUGGCGGCGAUGGAAAGCAUGCUGGUUCCGGUGGAACUAGUGGGGUAGGCGCGGGUAGUAAAAAACGACCACCUACUAUCUACUCCAGCUAUUCAGCCACAUCCAGCCCGCUGCUAAACGUCCGUUCGCCGUUUCUAGUACCGAUGGUACCGACCACCAGUCCGGGAACACUCGUAACUAAAGUAUCGGUUCCCGUAGAAGAUAUUGAAAAUGCUAACAAACAACAAACCACUAUCGGUGCAGGCCAGCAGGCUUCACUAACCACUGCGUCAGGUGGUGUGCCGUUUAAAUUGCUAGCAAAAAAAUCCCGCGAUCAGGCACUAAAAGCGAUCAAUUUUAUUGAACGAGAACAGCAGCAAGAAAUGGAAAUAUUCGAAGAGACAAAACCCAUCCUAACAACAACGUACCUUAAGCCAACGCUUGCUGCUCUACAAAAUGAAGCGAAAUCCUAUCAACAGCAGGAAGUGCCGGAAACUCGUGAAGCGAUAGCGGUGCCAGCACAAGAACCUCUCACACCAAACUCCGUUGCCAUCACCGUAGAGCAAACGUCUUUGCCGUCUACUACCAGCGAAACAACCGAACCAAGCGUUACGGAACCGACGACAGAAGUGGCGGCAGGUGGAUCGUCUACCCCCGUAACAAACGCCACCAGUAUCCUACAGGUGUAUGCAGCGUACGAAACGGGUUUACCGAGCGGAACUUCACUAAAGCUUCGCGUAACACCCAAAACGAGCGCACGCGAAGUGAUCGAUCUCGUCGUGAAACAGCUCAACAUGGCAGUAGUGCUGAAAGGGCGCGAAGGACCCAUCUACACACCGGAGCGGUUGGACAACUUUUGUCUAGUGGCCGUGAUAGGCGCACGGGAACGAUGCUUGCGCGACGAUUUCCGACCAUUGCAACUUCAAAAUCCGUGGCGCAAAGGUCGUCUUUACGUGCGCCAAAAGCACGAUCUGUUAGCCGCGAUCGAGCAUUCCAAUCGGGAUAUGGCGGACAUUUAAAUUAAACGACGGGCACGGAAGAACAGAUGCACACGAACGUCAUGCGAAGAACGAUGUGAUAGUCAGCGGUCAGCAAAACGAUUGACAAAGUUUUCCGAAUUUCCGAUUCGUAGUUGUUGUUUCAAAUUUUGUUAUGCCCUAUCCGUGGUAGUUUAGUCACAAGUAGCGCGUGGGCCGACUUGUUUGUAAAUUAUUUGCACAGUUCUGUACAUUUUGUAAAACUUACCUAUUACUAAUAGCGACCGUGAGAGAGUUUUAAGUAGGGAAAGAGUAAUUUUACGCCCACGAGCGAAGCUAAUCUCUAGCAAACGAGCGAACGAAAGUGACGAUCGUUAUGGUACUUUUACUAACUUUGACGAGCAUGAAGCAAGAGAAAAUAUUGUCUGACCCCAGACCUGUAGAAGAAUGUAGAAAUAUGAAAAGGGAAUCGUUCGGCAAGACAACUGUUUCAUCUUUAGCGUAAAAGCUAUCAUUUUCAUCCGCAGACGACUACACAAAAUGGAGGAAAACUGUUAAAGAAAUCAUACCAAAAAAAACCGUUAAUGAACGAUAAUCGUCGAUCUCUGGGGAUGAGCGAUGUAUAAUUGCACAUUUUAAAAAAGCGCCUCCAAACCUUUAGAUGCGUCUUUGUAAGGGAGAAAGAAUUCAACUAUAAAGGAGUUAAAUGAUAGACUUUGUGGCAUUAAUCACUGAAAGGAAUUAUUAAGUCUGUACUUUAAUUCGUGGCAUCGCAUUGAAGAUGAAUAUUUUCUUUCAUACGUUUUACUCUCUUCAUUAAACUCUUUAGGAUUUAUAAUAUGAAAUUAACACAUACUUGAUUCCACAGGGAAAUGAUCUUUUUUUUGCGUGGGAAAGAUUUUUGUUUUACUCAAAGAAAUUCAACAGGUUCACAACACUCGGUUGUGUUACAAUAAACAAUUGUUUGGUACGCCUUUCAUAUGCUUGCCACGAAUUAAGCUAUAGGCUCACCAGGUACAUCGGUUUGUACGUUUUCUUACGCUACGGUCGGAACCGUUAGGACGUCGGAAACACUCAAACUCAAAUCAAUUACUCUCAAUGGCAGAUGAUAGAUGUUUUUAUUUUAUCCUUUUAUAUGGAGAGUGAUCAGCUUAGCGAACGAAUGUAAUUAGAGUAGCGUAUAUUAGCGGAAAGAAAUUAGCGGGUCAUAAGUAUACAUUUGAGUAAACUAAUGCCAGUGAAUUAAGUGGAAGUAAUCAUCCUAUUUUCAUGCGCAUGGGAGUGCAAAUUGCAAAACGUGCAUAUGGAGUAGCAAACAAAAAAAAAAGUAAGGAAAAACUUUUUUUCAAUAUCAAGAGUUUAUCGAUCUCACACAUUCUAAAUCAAUAUUCACAAUAGACCAUUGGAAGUAAGGAACUUCAGCACAGCAGAGAAAUACGAAGGAACCAAACCCCUUACCCCAUAUUUACCCCUUACCAAUAGUAUCGAGCUUAGUGUAUUUAACCAACCAACACAAACAGAAAACUUGGAUAUCAUACAUUCGUGGACAGGAAAAGAAAGUCUAUUUUUUUGCAAAUGAACUUUGAGUAUUAACUAAAACAUUCUAACCUACUUACGAAUGAUCUACAAACAGAUGAACGCUUUGCAGAUGGAUAAAUCUUCACCGAUCACGUCGAUCAUCCUAUUUUGUAGAUCGAACCUAAGGACUGUGUAUAACCUUCGCGGCUCCGAACACUCACAUAAUCUCCCUUUCGAUAAAGGACAGCCGUUUAAGCUGUAAAAUUGCACUUUGAUUAAAGCGUGACACAAAGGAGACGCGUUUGGGCCCCGACUGAGAAGGUUUUAUGAAAUGGAUGCCGUUUGUCAAUCGAUGGCGCAUAAACCAUUACACUAGAUAGACCAAAUUGAAACAACGAUCGAUAGAGUACACUAUUCAACAAUGCAAUAGCAACAACAGAAUGAUCCAACGACCAGCUUUGACCUUCUGAAAUAGCACCAAUUACAUCGACUUCGUACAAUUUUUAUCCUAGUUCAUCAACCAUCGUUUAUAGCAACAAUAGAAACGAUCUUUUAGUAAUAUUUAGAGCAAAUUUUCGACUCAAAGUGCACGGGACGGAUUGAUACAACAAAAAAAGAAAAAAAAAUAGCAGCCAGGAGUGGAAAAGGGCGAGCCACAAUCCACUAGCUCCCUUUUACAAUACACCAAUAUCGCAUGAAGCGAAGCGUAGUGUAGUCACAGUACAUAUUAUACGAAAAUUUGAUAUUAAUGUUGGUUGUUGAAUUUCGGCACGUUUUAUGUUUUCUUCCAAGAAGAUCAAAAACAAAACAAAACCGAGCUAAUAUCGAAAACCAGACUCGAUCCUGAUAUGUGGUGAUAAGGAUAUAGAUCCGAUUCCGGGCGCAGAAACGCGCGGUAAGAGGUGCUUUUGGGCAUUCCCCGUCCCACCCCACUACCCCCCCCGGUCGUACGUUACAACAAUUACAACAAUCGAUUUAAUGCGAUGAGGUGUAGAUGAGUAGGAUUUUAGUAUGCAAAUUGUACCUAGCAAUCCCUCCCGAUAGAGAUCGCUCGCCUACAUCCGGUUUUCGAAGCGAGUUCCGGGCAAAGUCCACAAAGAAGGAAACAAUGCAAUGAGGAAGCCGUCUUAGCGCGUGCAAAAUCAUUGCUAGCGAGUACAUUAACUAAUCAUAUGUGGUGUUAUUUAGUGUGAGCGAAGAACCAGGAAAAAAUAGACAUUAUUAGGCAACUAGGUAUAAAUGAUGCAAAUUGACGAAACUAAAGAUGUUGGAAACUGUCCAGAUGAGUUAGGUUGAAUGAAACGAUUUAUCACGAAGUACCCACCCAGCGCACAACCGUGAUUCAGAUGCAUUCUGCACCUGAACCAUAAGCUUGAAGCGUGGCUGUGUGUGUGAGUUGGAUAGCAAGCGGCCCCAAAAAAAAAGCAUAGCGACAUGCAUGGUUUAUUAGUGUGUAAUUAUGUGUGUGGUAAAAGGGGAGCAUAAGACGAGAAAACAUACAGAAAAACUUGCGCAACAAUACUACACCCCGUUGUGGGGAGAAACGCUAAGAGAAAUGCACCAGAAGAUUCUAUCCAUGUUGAUCAUA